GGCAGGAUUUCCGCUUUGCAUAUUUGCGGGCUGCCAAGAAUGUUUCGCGAGAUCUUGUAAAGAAGCACGGGAAGCAAGCUAGGAGAUGGCCAGCACGGUUCAUGGAUCAAUGGGAGAGGAAGGCAGGACAACUGUUGGAGGGGAGGCAUGGCGAGUUCAUUGAGUUUGGUGAAUGAGCUUGCUUAAUGCCUGUCAAUCUCCUAAUGAGUGAGCGCGGAGAGAAUGAUGAUAUUGACGUACCUGCCAUAGGAACACGCCAGAACGGUUAUUUGCUCCCCUUUGACGAUGAGUACUUCGACGCUUAGCAAUCAUCUGCUCGCAGCAUGUUUUAGGGUUAGCGAGGGGUAAAGGCCCCCAAUAUUAGCUCUCGGCUCGAACUAUCUAAUCGAUCCCUGCUCUUCGCAACUUCGUACCGUAUCCCUGCGUUACGAUCUCAGAAACUACUCGAUGCCACCAGACGCUACAGCCAUUGACGCCUCCCCCAUUUCAACAGGGACCUUGGACACUGGCUUCAUGCGAUACCCACCUCUUUCACGAGACGGUGACAGCUUCCGACUUUUGCGCGUGCUGCCUAGCUUGAUGAGCAAUUCUCCAUUGCAAUGCGAAGUAUACGCAGCUUGCAUUUCCCGCGAGGAAGGUCAAUAUGUCGCUGGCUCGUACGUUUGGGGUCCUCCGGAGCCGACGAAGUCCAUCCUACUGGACGGGACGCCUUUUUCAGUACGCGAAAACCUCUCUCAUUUCCUUAGAGCCUUCCGCAGUCGAUACCGAUCUCAGGUUAUAUGGCUGGAUGCCAUAUGCAUUAACCAAGAUGAUGUUCAAGAACGGAGCCACCAGGUUCAAGGGAUGAAGCGCAUAUACUCUGGCGCCAAGUGCGUCUACUGUUGGCUCGGCCCUAACCUUCCAUUGCCUCACACAAACGCCUUUGAUCUACACCAUAUGAAAGAUAUCGUCCACUGGCGUAGCAGAGGUGCACGCCAACAUAUACGAAGGAGAGAGCAAGCUGAAUACAUAGUACAAGCGGAGUACUGGGAAAGACUAUGGAUCGUGCAAGAAUUUCUCUUAGCAAAGCAUAUUGUAGUGUUCGCGGGAAGCCAUAGACUCUCUUAUCGCAUGUUUGAAAGCAUCGUACUCUCCUGGCCCUUUCAUAGCACGCCGGAGUCGCUGAAUGAGACCAAAACGUUCAGUCUCAUACGUCUACGCAGGGAAACCGCUCGACGAUCUUUUGAAUCAUUAUUUGCGGAAUUUGGCAUGUUGCCAUGUUCAGUCUCUCUGGAUGGCGUGUUUGCUUUACUCGGCCUUGUUGGGAGCCGGGAAAAGGAUCUCGAGCUUUGCAAUUUGAUCGAUUACAGCCUUAGCGUAUGGCAACUUCUGCAGUGCAUACUGGACAGCGAAGUAUUGUGGGAGCCAUUCAAGUUUACCGAAUGCUACAAUCGUCACUUGAUCAAGGGACAAACGGACAAGUACAUGCGUAAUUCCAUUAACAUGGAACUGGAUCGGCAUCUGGAUUGGCGGCCUCGCGGUUCGGAUCAACAUAGGUAUACGAAUGUCAACCAGGCAUCCUCACAUCCGGCUGUACAAGCAUUUCGGACCUGUGUUUCCUCGAAAGACAGCAGUAUGGAUGUAUACAGCAGUAUAAUCUAUACGCACAACUGGACGACAGUAGCAAACCAAUGUUGCAGUCUACUCCGCCUUUCAACAGAGUCUUGGGAAUUGCUACACGAUGCUGCGUUUGCCACAUACGUUCUUGUCGAAACUUGCGACUCGCAAUGCACCGACGUAUGCGCCUCUCAUGCCAUCAUCGGCUUCGCUGGCGUACUACGCUCCGGCGGACACGAGCACCAGAACACAAAGCCAAUGGUGCCGACAGAGCUACGACCAUCGACGGACGAUGCUUCCAGCGGUAUGCUCAAGCUUAAACGAGACGCACAGCAACGAAUAGAAGAAUUGUUGCGUGUCGGAAACGAAAAGGCACGGGCAACUCAGUACAAACCCGACCAUUACAGACUGGAAAUGAAUCUCGAAUUCAUGGUGCAGCUUUCUAUCUUUAUGGUUCAUGUGGAAGAAGGUGACUGGUGGGCAUUGUUUCAAGAUCCGGCUGAGCUUGGAGAGGCGCUUUAAGGGAUAGAUGACAAUGACGACGUCGUGAAGGAGAUGUGAGGGGAGGUCGUGUGUAGUGUCAUACAAUCAGAUAGCUUUAACUUGGGUUGAAGAGAGUAUAGGGUCUUGCCUGCUACAUAGACUUUAGCUAUUUAUCUAUUCCAAGCGUCUACGUCGU